GAGCCCUGAAGUCCAUCAUGAAGAAGCGGGAUGGUCCCCCCCGGAGCGAGCCCGAGGGCAGCAAGAAGAGCCUGCAGUUUGUGGGCGUGCUGAACGGGGAGUACGAGAGUACAUCCAGUGAGGAGGAAGAGGAGGAGGAGGAAGGAGACAGCUCCUCCGAGAAGGUUUCAGCCGACAGUUCCGACAGCGAGGAACAGGGGGACACUGAAACCUCGGAUGAGGAGGCUAGGGAAGGCGAGUGCGAGCCAGGACAGGCGUGCGAGGGGGUCGGUGUGACCCUGCCAGAACCCCCUGAGGUGAAGGAGAAUUCCGACAGCGAGGAACAGGGGGACACUGAAACCUCGGAUGAGGAGGCUAGGGAAGGCGAGUGCGAGCCAGGACAGGCGUGCGAGGGGGUCGGUGUGACCCUGCCAGAACCCCCUGAGGUGAAGGAGAAGUUCGAACUGAGCCCCAGGAUGCGGGAGGCUUGCCUCAUUGUCAAGACUCACCUGGGCCAUCCCGGUGCCACCAAGAGCAAAGAGGUGCUCAGCAGCAGCAGCCUGGUCCUGCAGGAGUGGUUCCGUCUGUCCAGCCAGAAAUCAUCUGUCCCUGACACGGUUGCCAACCACCUCCUGGCCUUUGCCGAGGUCUCACCGGCUCUCCUGGCCCAUGUGGUGAACCUGGCAGACGGGAAUGGCAACACAGCCCUGCACUACAGCGUCUCCCACUCCAACUUCCACAUUGUGCGGCUACUGCUGGACACGGGGGUCUGUAAUGUGGACCACCAGAACAAAGCAGGCUACAGGGCAGGGCUGGCAGCCGUCGAGCAGGAAGAUGACAUGAACGUGGUCCGGAGGCUCUUCAGCUUGGGCAAUGUCAAUGCCAAGGCCAGCCAGGCUGGCCAGACGGCGCUGAUGCUGGCCGUCAGCCACGGCCGGCAAGAGAUGGUGGAAGCCCUGCUCGCCUGCGGAGCCGACGUGAACCUGCAGGACGAGGAGGGCUCGACCGCGCUGAUGUGCGCCUGCGAGCACGGCCGCGUGGAGACAGUGAAGCUGCUACUGGCUCAGCCCACCUGCAACAUCUCCAUCGCGGACAGUGAUGGUAACAACGCCGUUGCCAUUGCACUGGAGGCCGGCCACAGCAACAUCGCCAUGCUCCUCUAUGCCCACCUCAAUGGCACGAAGGCACAGAUGUCC